CAUAUAUGUGACCUCGUCAAUCAUGUCAACCGUCGCUGAGCGCAGAAAAGUGAAGGUAGUCUGUUAUUUCAGCUCGUUGUAAGAAACGAGAGGAAAAAGCAAAGAGGAAAUAAAGAGUGGCAAAUUUUGUAUUCGUCAUCUAGCAAUGGAGGACGAGGACUUUGGUUUCGCGAAGAGAACGGACAAUGUCUUAAAGAAGGUUUUUACUGUUAAUAAUGAACAAACACACAAGAAUACAAUUCAUAACGUUGGACAUCUAAUCCGUUCUCCGCCAAAGACAUCGGAAGUCGUUGGUGGAGGUGGAUCAACGACACCAGCGCCUCUGAUUGGGGCCGGAAGCGAGGGCCCUCAACGCGCGUCAACCGCCGCUGGUUCAGUCGUGCCCAACACGCCGAACAUACCGAACGUGGUAGAGUACCAUCUUAAAGUCAAGCCUAGGUCAACGACAAGGCACUGCCGGCUCGAUAACGUUCCCAGAGAUCAGCCUUUAAAAGAGAUGAAGAAGGAGAAGGUGUCUUCUGACGAUAAGAAGAAGGAUCUCGUGUCGAAGUUGUCACGUCUGUCCAUUGAUAAUAAUGUUUUUGAGGGCUCUACUGAUCUGCCGCAAGUAUUUCAGGUGAAAUAUUUGGGAUCCCAUGAUGCAAGAGGCCUCUGGGGCAUCAAGCACACAAGAACACCCGUCGAUAAUAUGGUUUCUGCUGCGAAGGCUUUGCCGACUAACACAAUGCUGCCUCUUAUCAAGCUAGUAGUUUCUCAGGAGGGAGUUGCCUUGCUGCCACUAGACAAGAGGAAGCAGGAUGCUAAAUUAUCCAGAAUGUAUCCUAUUGAGACGAUUUCCUACGGAGUGCAAGAUCUAGUUUAUACUAGGGUCUUUUCCAUGAUUGUUGUUCGCGAGACGGAGAACUUCAGGAGAAUCUCGCCAUUCGAAUGUCACGGUUUUGUCUGCGAGUCGAAAUAUUAUGCGAGGCAAUUGACGUACGCUCUUGCUGCAGCCUUCGAAAUGUACUCCAAGAUCGUAAAGGCUCAGGAAAAACUAACCGGAGUCAGCGCAAGCACCGCCAGGAAAAGAUUUGCGAUCGACCUAAGAAGCCCCGAGGAAAUUGAGGCGGAUCUUACGAUGGAUUCCGAAGCGUAACUUUUGAAAUUUAAUAUCAUUUUUUAGAUUAAG